AACCGUGCGGGGAGCAGCGCCCGCUGCUCGGGAGAAGCUGCAGCGGGAGGUCCCCAGGGCAGCGCUACCCCCGCACCCCGAGCCGGGCUAGACUCGAGGAGCGAAAUUCCUUGGAGAUGACUUGUAAUAAAAACUAACGAGUUUGCAAAGUGAAUAGCGGUCCUGCCAGCAAAUCUUUGGGAGACAGCAGAAGAGCUUAAUCAGAAAGUCUACAGGCAAAGGCUUUAAAUACUCUAAAUUACCUGGGGUCGUUAAAACGUUUUCAGAAUGACUUCCUUGGCUGACGUGCCCCCGAAUUAUGAAACGAUGUUUGCUCAUCGAUUCACAUCAGAAGAUAAAGAAUACCAAGAGUACCUGAAACGCCCUGCAGACCCCCCUCCCAUAGUUGAAGAAUGGAGAAACAGAUCUGGUGGCAACCAGAGAAACAGAGAUCGGUUUCAAGAUGGCAGAUAUUUUAGAGGGGACAGGUACAACUGGCAAGGUGACUACAGAUCUAAUCAGAGGCCAGAAAGAGGUUGGGGUAAUAACUACCAGCAGCACAGACAAGGACAAUACGGCUCAUCCCACUACGGACAAUACGGCUACAACUCCUACAACCCAGGACCUCGCUACCAUCCCUACUGAUGUACCUGGGGAUUGAAAGUCCAGUAAUGCUAUGUAAUAAAUUCAGUUAGCUUUCAGUUUUUUUAUUUUUCCACAGUUUUACAGAUAACUGAAGAAUCAGUCCGUUGCUGUUUCUCUGUAGUGUGAAAUGAAAAAGGGAAUGCCUGUUACGAAUAAUAAAAGCGUAUUAUACAGAGUUUGUUUAGAGUCUGUAGAUUUUAGAUUAAAUUUCUAUCUCGUCCUUUUGUCUGAAUAUGUACUAGUACACACCUUUUGUUCCACCACUAAGAUU